GACAGGAGUGCAGUUUCAAUAAACGUGAUUUUAAAUUUUAUGUUAAAACAACAAAAACAUCAAGGGCACUUUAGUUAACGUCUUAUAUUCAAACCAAGAUGGAAGUUACCGACGAGAAUCUAUCUACCUUAGCAAACUACUUGCACCAAACUCUGAAUCCUGACCCUAACGUGCGGCGACCCGCGGAGAAGUUUCUGGAAAGUGUAGAAGUGAACCAGAACUAUGCCAUCCUGCUGCUGCACCUGGUGGACAAGGAGACAGUGGACAGCACCAUCAGAGUUGCAGCUGCCAUUGCCUUUAAGAACUAUAUCAAGAGGAACUGGCCAGUGGAAGAAGACAGUACUGACAAGAUCCACGCAUCAGAUCGGGCCACGAUCAAGACCCUCAUCGUCUCCCUCAUGCUAAAGUCUCCAGAAUCCAUACAGCGGCAGUUCAGUGAUGCCGUGUCUAUCAUCGGCAAGUGCGACUUCCCGGAGAAGUGGCCCGGGCUCAUUCCAGAGAUGGUUGAGAAGUUUGCUACAGGCGACUUCCACGUGAUAAACGGCAUCCUUCGCACGGCGCACUCGCUGUUCCGCCGCUACAGGAUAGAGUUCAAGUCCCAGAAGCUGUGGGAGGAGAUCAAACAUGUGCUCGACAACUUCGCCAAGCCGCUCACUGACUUGUUUGUUGCAACCAUAGACCUAACAACAAAGCACGCAGACAACCCACAAGCCCUCCGAGUGAUCUACGGCUCUCUAGUACUCAUCUGUAAAGUGUUCUACUCUCUCAACUAUCAAGAUCUGCCGGAGUUCUUUGAAGACAACAUGCCUAUAUGGAUGCCGAACUUACUUAACCUGCUACAAGUUAAAGUACCAAGUUUGGAAGAUGAUGGUGAUGAAGACCGUCCAGGAGUGAUGGAAGACCUUCGUUGUGAAGUGUGCGAGUGUGCAGCAUUGUACGCUUUAAAAUAUGAAGAGGAGUUCGCGCCGCACGCGCCCGGCUUCGUCACGGCGGUCUGGCACGUGCUGCUGGCUACGGGCCCCCAGGCCAAAUAUGACGCUCUUGUAUCAAACGCCCUCACAUUCCUGGCUAAGAUAGCAGAGAAGAACAGCUACAAAAGCCUCUUCGAAGACCCGGCGACCCUCAGCAGUAUAUGCGAGAAGGUGGUCAUCCCUAACAUGGAAUUUAGAGAAUCGGACAUGGAACUCUUCGAAGACAACCCUGAAGAAUAUGUCCGAAGAGAUAUAGAAGGCUCAGAUGUGGACACCAGACGUCGAGCGGCAUGCGACCUGGUACGGACACUGGCGCUGCAUUAUGAAGAGAAGAUGAUGAAUAUCUUCGGACAGUAUGUGCAGCUAAUGCUGGCGAAGUACGGUGAGCAAGGCCCGGCGGCGUGGCGCGGCAAGGACGCGGCGAUGUACCUGGUGACGUCGCUGGCGUCGCGCGGCGCCACGCAGGCCAGCGGCGUCACGCGCGCCUCGCCGCUCGUCGACCUCGUGCACUUCGCCUCCGCGCACGCCGCGCCCGAGCUGGCCCGCCCCGACGUAAACGAGCUGCCGGUUCUAAAAGCAGACUCCAUCAAAUACCUGAUGACGUUCCGGUCUCUCCUGCCGAAGGAACUGCUGGUCAAUGCCUUCCCUCUGCUGAUUGAACAUAUAAAAGCGCGCGGCGUCGUCUGCACAUACUCCGCCUGCUGCAUAGAGAAGCUAAUCGGCGGCGGCAUGAUCACCAAACCCGCGCUAGAACCGCACGCCCCAGCGUUACUCACUACACUGUUCGCAGCGCUAGGCGACCACGCUUCGCCUGAGCAACAUAAUGAAUAUGUCAUGAAAGGUGCUGAACCAGACGCAAUCAUGGUCACCUGUUUAUCAGGCACCUGCGUCGGGGUAUCGAGAAGCGAAGACGACGAGCAAGUCGCGGCGCCAGGGUUGGUGACUAAGUCGAAUCCGAAUGCUAUCACCGCUUUCGAGGACGCUCUAUUCCCGAUCUUCCAAGAAAUACUGCAGAAUGAUGUACAAGAAUUCAUGCCGUACGUGUUCCAAAUGCUGUCCCUUCUGCUCGAACUACGCGGCGCCUCGCCGGCCGCCGCGGGCGACGGGGACGCGUACGGCGCGCUGCUGCCGUGCCUCGUGGCGCCGCCGCUGUGGGAGCGCGCGGCCAACGUCAGGCCGCUAGUGAGGCUGCUGUGUGCGUUCAUCACUGCGAGGGCGGAGCUCAUAUUGAGAGAGGGAAAACUGAAUGCCAUGCUGGGAGUAUUCCAGAAGCUGAUAGCGUCAAAAACGAACGACCACGAAGGGUUCUACUUAAUACAAACAAUGCUGUUCAAAUUCGGAGAAACCACAAUGCAGCCAUACACGAAGCAGAUCAUGACACUGCUCUUCCAGCGACUAUCAUCGUCCAAGACGACUAAAUACGUCAAAGGCCUCAUCGCUUUCCUAGGAUUCUAUGCGGCGCAUUUCGGUGCCGACAACCUUAUAGAUCUCGUGGAUUCUGUGCAAAAUGGCAUGUUCGCGAUGUACAUGGAGCGUGUCCUCAUCCCCGACCUUCAAAAGGUUGACGGUGUAUUAGAACGCAAGGCGGCCGCCGUCGGCUGCGUCAAGCUACUGACAGAAGCCAACCAUAUGAGACAAGGACGACUUGCACCGUUAUGGCCUCCGCUUAUGCAGGUUAGUCAUAUAGUGCACGAGUAUUUCGCGAUGUAUAUGGAGCGUGUCCUCAUCCCCGACCUACAAAAGGUAGACGGUGUUUUAGAACGCAAGGCGGCCGCCGUCGGCUGCGUCAAGCUACUGACAGAAGCCAACCAUAUGAGACAAGGACGCCUUGCACCGUUAUGGCCUCCGCUUAUGCAGGCGCUGAUCUCCCUAUUUGAGCUACCAACGGACUCCACAUCUCUGCCGGACGACCAUUUUGUAGAAGUAGACGACACGCCCGGUUACCAGGCGCAAUACUCACAACUUACCUGCGCUAAGGGCGCUAACAGCGAUCCUCUAUCAGUGAUCACGGAUCCACAACGCUUCCUAGCCGAGAGUGUCGGCGCGCUCUCCCGGGCUUCACCCGGCCUGCUGCCACCACGAGUCGCUGCCCUAGACGAACCACAUAAAAACGCGCUGCACGGCUACUUGCAACGAUACAAUGUGCAGAUAUGUUGAUUAGUUCAUCGAUUUAUAAUAAACUACAGAACGAUACAGAAUACGCGCCCUAAUCCGAAAGUAGCAUAUAGGUACUCGAGAAGUAUCGCCCUAGACGAACCACAUAAAAACGCGACACAAUAUGCAGAUAUUUAUACCAAUCACAGAAUUCUCGUGUGUUGUUGUACUAGAUGAACCUCAUAAGAACGCGUCUGCUUAAAAAAUCCUCGGCCGUACCACCAAAUUGUAACCUAUCACUUUACAACACGUUGUAUUGGAUCAAAUGUCGUAAUGUAAAACAUUUAAAAACUUAAUAACCCUUUAUCUAUCCUUAGCCCCUCGUAUGCUUAGACACGUAUCCGUGCGGGGGAAUUUUAAUCCAUUGUUUAAAAUGUCAAGGUCACUUUUUCAAUGAUCAAAAUUGACAGACCGCAUACGGGGGGUUAAGUUUCCUACGCGUCUAUAUCUUAUUUUUAAAUCAUUUUCUCUUAACAGUUAUGAUAUUAACCCCUCGUUUGCUUAAACACGGAUCCGUGCGUGGGAAUUUUAACCUAUUUUAAUGAGGAGACACACUGUCAUUUUAUCCCGUCAGGCGGCGCCUGUGCAAGUGUCUAGGCAUGUCACUGUCAUUCGUUCAUAUAUGAGAGAAAGAAAAAACAUAUCAUCUUCUCGCUCUCACGUAUGAAAUUCUUUAUCUGUGCAAUCAAGUGCAA